ACUGGAUUAGUUUCGAUAUUGUUCUGAUCGAACAUAUUUAACGUAUUUUAAUGGCGGCUCUCCUCGAUCUAGAGCAUUUUGAUUUAAAAAACACGGGAGAUUUAGUUCAACAGACAGCUGCAUUCCUAUGGCUGCACAAAGGUGAUGAAUAUAAAGAUUUGUAUAAGAAAGUUACUGGCCUCAGAGUUGCCAAUGAAUUGUUUCAUAGAAUAACUCAGAAAGAUGACAUUGAACAACUGCAGGCUCAAUGUAUUAGAGAUGUUGCUGACUAUGUGAAGAAGCAUCCGAAGGCCACUGAAUCUGAGCUUGUUAGGGAAAUAACAAAACUCGUUAAGGAGUUCAAAGCUAAAGUAUUGAAAGAGCACGACGCCGGUGUUAACGUGCUGGCGAUGAAUGACGAAGAAACAGUUUUGGCUACUGGUGGCGAUGAUAAUGCAGUCAGGCUGUGGUCAGUCAGUGGUGACGCUGAAACCGAAUGUCUCGCAUUAUUGGAUGGUCACACAGGCUAUGUGAAUUGUUUAACAUUUGACGACAUCUACCUCAUAUCUGGCAGUGCCGACAAAUCCAUCCACAAAUGGAACAUAACCUCAUUCAAAUGCGACCUCGUCUUUCAAUCACACAAAUCAGUCGUCAACAGGUUGAUAGUCAGUGGUGACUAUUUAUUCAGCAGUUCGUAUGACCAAACAGCAAUCAAAUGGGACUUCAAUACAGGAGAAUGCCUGACAGUUUACACCGGACACAGGCUGGGUGUUUAUCCGUUAGCAUUUAUUCCUGGCGGUACCAGCCGGUCCACUGAUUACCAUUACAACGACUACCGAGGUGAUAUUCUCGUUACGGGCUCAUCAGAUCACACGGCCAUAAUGUGGAAGGUUGGUAGCGGAAAGGUUCUGUUCAUGUUGGAAGGGCACAGUGGAGGGAUAACUUGCCUGGCUCUGGAUGAUGCGGCAAAAAAUAUUUUCACCGGUUCUAUGGACAAGACGAUAAGAUGCUGGAGUGUGGAUGGUGGCGAGAUGAUACGUAUGUUUGAAGGACACAGCAAUUCUGUCAUAUGCAUGAUCGUGAAAGGAAAAUUAAUGUACAGUGGCAGUUCUGAUAGGACGGGUAAAUCGUGGAUCAUUGAAUUUGGAGAUAGUACUCGAACAUAUCACGGUCACGAGCAUACUGUUACGUGUAUAAAAUAUGACGACGGCACAGUUUUUACAGGAUGUGGCGACGGCAUAGUUAGAUGCUUUGAUUCAAAAGCAGGUACUUUAAAAAGGACACUGGCUGGUCACACUUUGGCUGUGAAUUCAAUUCUGAUUAAAGGAGAGAAAUUGUUCAGCGGAUCAAAUGAUGGCACCUUGAGGAUCUGGGACAUAUCCGACAUGACUGAUGAAACGGCAUUUGCAAGCGAACAAAAACGGAAAAAGAAAGUGGAGAAAACUGUAAAAGACAAAAGCAAUAGUGACCACCGACAACAGCAUGCUGCACAAACAAGCAACAAAUCUCGUAAUAACGAUAAGAUAACUAUUGAAGAUGAUUUUUGAUUGGAGAAUAAUUUAAUACAGUUUAUUUGUUCAUUGAUUAUGUGUAUUAUUUGAGUUAAAUAUUUUAAUUUUGUGUAAAAUAUAUAGAAAAUAUUCUAAGCGUAUGAUAUAAAAAUGUAACUGAAACGUGGAAAAUUGUUUUGGCUGAUGGCAACAUACAUUUAUUAAGACUCAUUAAAAUCUCGAAAAAUUGCGAUCUAGUGUUUGCUUUUUGCAUUUUGUACAGGUAUUAUUUAAUAAUUUUGUACAAAUAUGAACAAAGUUUAAAGUGUUUAAAUGUUCUUACAACCUGGAAUUGCUUCUUCCAUUAUUAUUUGAGGUUAUUUAAAUGCUUUAUUUACAUGGAUUUUUUUUACCGGCAGCCAUUUUAUUUAUAUCUAUGUUAAUAAAAUAAUACGUUUAGAAAUUAAAUAAAA